UUAGUCUCUUGUUAUCCAUGGGCAUUUGGAAAGGAUGCUGUCUCAUCCCCGGAAUUUGGACAAGAGACUUGCAGCAAAGCCACAAUCAAAGAUCAAGUUCUUCAGCGCAGCAAGAUAAAUUAGAGGUGUCGCUCCUCAAAGUAGAGAAGCAGAAGCAGAGGGUCUGAGCUCUGGGUUGUCACUUGCUUUUCAUCGGGACCAGUUGAGUCUCCAUGAAAAAGAUGGAUGAGAGCCAGUGGAGAACAGCACUGUGACUCCAAGCAGAGGAGGGUGAGUGCCUGCCUGCCCUGGUCUGUCCUCUAGCAGAGUGGGUAAAAGCUCAAAGCCCAGGAGCCAGACCACCUGAGUUCACCUCCUGCUGUAACUUAGUAGCAUCAGGACUUGUGCAAGUCACUUAGGUCCAGUGUCCUCAUCUGUGAAAUGGGGAUACUCAUAAUGCCACACAACAUUUAGAACAGUGCCAGUAAAUGUUCCCAUUCUUGUCUUCUCCAUGUCAGCCCCUUAAAUUCCAUGGUGUGUGGCUUCUCUCUCUUUGUCUCAGUGACUCUUCUUUUUCCCUUACAGACUCUCCUAGAGGAGAAUGGCUACAGAUAAUGCCUCCUCUGUGACAGAGUUUAUCCUCGCAGGCUUAACAGAUGAGCCAGAACUCCAGAUGCCCCUCUUCUUCCUGUUUCUAGGUUUCUACAUGGUCACUGUGGUGGGGAACCUGGGCCUGAUAACCCUGAUUGGGCUGAAUUCUCACCUUCAUAUUCCCAUGUACUUUUUCCUCUUCAACUUGUCCUUCAUAGAUGUUAGUUACUCCACGACUCUGACCCCUAAAAUGCUAAUGGGUUUUGUCGCAAAGAGAAACAUCAUUUCCUAUGCAGGGUGUAUGACUCAGUUUUUUUUCUUCUGUUUCUUUGUGUUUUCUGAAUCCUACAUCUUGUCAGCGAUGGCAUAUGACCGCUAUGUCGCCAUCUGUAAACCACUGCUAUACACAGUUACCAUGUCUCCUCAGGUGUGUUCACUCCUUUUGUUAGGUGUUUAUGGGAUGGGAGUGUUUGGAGCUGUUGCCCAUAUGGGAAACAUAAUGUUUAUAACCUUUUGUGCUGACAACUUCGUCAACCACUAUAUGUGCGAUAUCAUUCCCCUCCUUGAGCUCUCCUGCAACAGCUCUUACAUAAAUUUGCUGGUGGUCUUCAUUGUUGUGACCAUUGGCAUUGGGGUACCCAUUGUGACCAUUUUUAUCUCCUAUGGUUUCAUUCUUUCUAGUAUUCUCCAUAUUAGUUCUACUGAGGGCAGAUCCAAAGCCUUCAGUACCUGCAGUUCCCAUAUAAUUGUGGUAUCUCUUUUCUUUGGAUCAGGAGCUUUUAUGUACCUCAAACCACCUUCUAUUUUACCCCUUGACCAGGGGAAAGUGUCCUCCAUAUUCUAUACUGCUGUGGUGCCCAUGUUCAACCCAUUAAUCUAUAGUCUGAGGAACAAGGAUGUCAAAGUUGCCCUGAAGAAGACCUUAGGCAGAAAAUUCUUCGUGUGAAAAUGAUUGAGAAAGGAGAUCCAAAGCUUUGUU